AUGACGGCCACUCGAUCCUCCAAACCCGAAGGCUCGAGCGUGGCAGCGCUAGCAGCUCCGCUCGGCGCACUCGGCGUCAUGCUCACUCCUUGGGGCUGGUCGACGCUGAAAGCGCUCUUGCUCGAACCCAUCCGCAUCAAUCCUCCGACGUGGCUCCGCGUGCUACUGGCUGCGGUCUUGCUGGCCAACGUCCGAUCGACACCGUUCGCAUGGCACAUUCGCGUGCUCUAUCCCGCAUUCAAGGCUCUCGUCGUCGCCCAACCCUGGUGGCCAACCUCGCGCUCUUCCGCCUCGACUCUCAUGCACAAGCCAAGUCAACCGCUGCUCGACACGCAACGUCUCCCACUCGGACGCGACAUUUUCGACGACAUCUCCUCGCACAAGUUUAUUGCGACGCUGGACGAAUGCGACUGGAACGGUCAUCUCUCCAACUCGUCCUACUCGAAAUCGCUCGACUUCACCCGCAUGGCACACAACUCGCCGCGCUUCUUGAAGAUGUACUACGACGGCGGCUGGGUCGCGUUGGGCGGGUCGGCGUUCAACUUCCACCGUGAGAUCCCGCUGCUGGCUCGAUACACGAUCCGGAUGAGCAUCGAGGCGUGGGACGACAAGUGGCUCUACGUCGUCGGCCGCUUCGUUGCGCCUGCUUCCAAAGGCAAAGCCGACGAGACGCUCUACUGCACCUCGAUCUCCCGCUACGUCUGCAAAGCGGGCCGUCGAACCAUCCCUCCUUGGCUGCUCAUCGCCACCUCUGGCUACGGCACCCACACCACCACCAAGUCCAACUGGGAGAAGGCCGAGCAGCUGCGCAACUCGUACCUUGACAAACACCGCCAGCAGUAUCUCGAAUCGACAGGCACCAAGACGAUCCCAGCCAAAGUAGAGGCCAAGUUGGUCAAGAAGGCGGCGCUGUUGCGCCAGUUUAGGACCGUCGCCGAGAGGGCGGGCACUGAGGACGAGGCGUGGAUGUCCAAGAGCUUCUGGCACACGGACGAGUGGGAGACACGCCGCAAAGAGGGUCUCCAGAGGCUCGCUGCCAAUGUUGGCAUCCUUCCGCCGUUGGAAAAUUGA